AUGCCUGGCUCAAACUCGUCGACGCCCUCCCUUGGGUUCGUCGAUUUACCGGUGGAAAUCCAAACCCACAUCCUCGAGGCUCUCGCCUCCUCACACCCCGCAUCGAUCUACGCAGUGCUUCCAACAUGCAAACAUCUCUACAAAAUCGCUCUACCUCUCUCAGUCCGAACCUAUCAGAGCACCGCCGGCCCAAAGAACACAAGCCAAUACGCGCAGAAGCGCAGCCGCAACCUCGACUUCCUGCGUUACAUCACCAUCACCAAGCCUGAGCUUGCACCACAUGUCCGCCGCAUUACCAUCAAACAUGUCUCCACCAGCCUCAUCUACCGCACUGCCCCAUCGAGCAAGAAACCCUUGGGUCCCGAAAGCGAUGAGAUUGGCGUGUACACCAACAUGAUUGAUGCAUCGGGUCUCUCCGAUCACGUUGAAGACUGGGAGGCUGUGCGACACGAGUGGCUUCGAGGCCUCGCCGACGGCUUAGUCGAGCAGCAGAUUGGCCUCAUGUUUCUCGCAUGCCCGAAGAUCCAGGUCCUCGAAUUGGGAACGCCUCUCGCGCCUCGUCUGCUUCCUCGCUUGAUCAAGGCUGCGGCAUUGCACGGGGGGAGCAUGAAGGCCCCGUUACUCCAUCACUUGCGACAGUACUGCGGCGAGCCAGAGAUGCCCAAGAGUCUUUUCCACUUCUUCAACAUUGGGAAGGAAUUCCUGCAACUACCUCAGUUACGGACAUUCAUGUGCGCGAGUUUAUCGAGCAGUGGCCCAAACGGGCACCUCUUCGACGAGAACGCCAAUCCGCCCAGGUCUUCAAACGUUCAAAAUCUUACUCUGCUAGAUGCAAACAUUACCCAGGAGGGCCUAAGCACAGUCAUCCGUGCUUGCAGAGAGUUGAAGUCGUUUCGCUGGACCCCAGGUGACAGCAGUUUCCUAGAUAUGCAGAUCAAGCCGCAAGAUCUAGCCCAGGCUCUGUCACCGCAUCGAGAUACUCUCGAAUGUUUGCAUAUCGACUACCAAGGCCAGUGGCGCAAUCAAGAAUGGUACGUCGAAUUAGAGGGCUUCUUUAUCGGUACGUUCCUGCGGGAGAUGGUCUCGUUGAAGACAUUGCACAUCGGCAUGGAGGCUUUUACUGGUUUCACCGAUCUUUGGACAAUCCCAAGCCUUUACAACAACUUCAAUCAAGAGGAGAAGGUGUCGGAAUUGAAGAGAGUUCCGCGACUCGUCAAUCAUAUACCUCCUAAUCUGGAGAGCCUCGAGCUGUACGGGUGCACCAUGGAAAUACUGACUCAUAUCCGUGAACUUAUGGACCUGCAUCGGACUGGAGAAGGAUGUGCGAGCUUGCGGAAAAUUCAGCUACGCUUCAAUGCAGACUUGGUUGAUCCAAGUAAAGUCAGCAUGAUUUGCGAUGCAAAUUCGAGCGUUUUAGACUUGGAAUUCAUAUAUGACCAGACGCCCAUUUGA